GGGGGGGGGUUGUCUAAAUGCAAAUAACAGCAUGCUGUUGUCUGUGUAUGUGAGAGACAACUCUUCCUCUACUGCACAAAGCUAAUUUAAUCAGUGAUGGCGAGGAUGCUCCAGUGUGACACACUUAUAAAGCUCUGGUUUCUAUGUGUGUUUGUUUGUGUGUGUUUGUGUGUUUACCUUUUCCCCAUGCACGUGCCACCGAGGUUAAACUGGGCUAAUUCAUAAAGGGGAUUUUGUCCUUUUCAUGCAGGGAUUAUGCCUCAAGCACCUGUGCAGAUUAUACAGUAUGUAUGUAAAUAUGGUUGUCUGGAGGCGCUGGGUUCUGAACUGGGCUUCUGUACCUUCCCAGACGUGUAAGUGUGUGUGUGUGUCUGUGUGUGUUUAUGUGUGUGUGUUUGCAGAGCAGCCAUGCUUCACGUCACGGCUGCUUCCUGUUGAGUUGCGGAAGCUUCUUUGUUUUGUCGUCUGGCUGCUGGCUCCUGUCUCGGCGCUGCUCUUCCUGUUGCUGCACGUUGAGCUCAACUGGAAACUUCUAGAGCCGCUGAAGCUCGUUCUCAUUGUGUGUUCACUCUCAGGGAUGCAGCAGGGUUAUUGUGUUUUUUAACAAGGCGCAACCUUUGUUAUGCCUUGUUGCUGGUUGAGCCUGUUGGCUGUGGUACACAAUGUUAAAGGACAACAGGUAGUUCAUUUUAAAUGAGUUUCAACACUUAGAUUAUGAAUCAAAAGAUUAGAAUAAACCCCCUCACACUUGUCUUUUGUUAUAACUUACACAUUCUCUUUCAAAAGAAGUAUCAGGUUACAAAAUAUGGCUGACUAUGGAGUAUAAUUUACUUGAGAAUCAUACAGUAGCAUAAAUAAAUAAGUUUCUUUUUCACUCUCUUUCUAAUACUGUCUACUGUCGUCUGUGUCUGGUUUUUCUUUCUGGGGAAAAACAGACCCCCCCCCCCCCACUGCACAUAAAGCAUGUUUCAUAAUAUAUUUUUCUAGUAAAUAUAUGAAGUGAAAGCCACUGUGGUUGAGCAGAUAAAUGGCACCACCUAUAGGCCGUCUAAUUUUUAUCAACAACAAAAUACACAAGAUGUCAUAGUCCCGCCUACGCUGUUUGACUGACAGGUGGUCCAUGAGAACAGUGCAGCCAUUCACUUGCCUUCAGUGGUGGAAAAAAGUAUUCACAGCCUUCAUUUAAAGGUCCAGUGUGUAGGAAGAGGGGGAUUUACUGGCAGUAUAUGGCAGAAAUAGAGUGUAGUAUUCAUCAGUAUAUUUUCAUCAGCGUAUACUCACCUGAAAAUAAGAAUCACUGUGUUUUACCUAAGAAAGAGACAUUUUUAUCUACACAUCCUCCAAUUCCAGUUUGUUUGGGUUUAGGCAUUUAAAAAAAAGGUCUUUUGUACCACUGAAACCAUGAUUAUUGAAAGUUAUUCUGAGUAGACAGCGCUAAGCAGAUGUUUCCUAGCAACCAAUUUUCAAAUUCUUUACUAGCUAUUAAGUUUUAAAUCACUAGUUUGAAUCUAGCUAGUAAGAACAUAGGAAGGACUUUUCAAAUUCUUAACUUUUCAUUCAGUGUUGCUCUGUGUCGGCUGGAUGAUAAGCAACUGUUGGCUAACACUCACACAAUAAUAACUUUAUAAACCCAUAAUAUGUCAGAUUUUGUGCCUGUAGCUUGUUCUGCUGCUCCCAAGUGGCCAAUAAAUCAAUGAUACUUUCCUAAAGAAAAGUGCUGUUCAAAGGGCUUUACAGAUGACUGAAAAGCUGAUUAUAAGACAGGGACAAAUGUAAACAGUUGGAAUAAUUAGAGACUAAGUUAAAUUAAAAAAUUAAAAAAUCAUAACGAUGCAAUUAUAAAACAGAUAAAAGGACAAACAAACAAAAUAGAUAAUAGUCAGUAAAACAUGAAUACUAAUACACUUAAGUGUAAUACUUUAGUGCAUGUGCUCAAUUACUCUCCAUCACAGUCUGCAGUGCUGGUGAACUGUGACUGGAGCUGAAUGUGUUUGAAUCACAGCUUAUCAAAUGAAAAUAAACUUCAUUUCCACGGUGCCUUUUGGACAAGAUUGCUAUACAAAGUGCUUCGCAUAGAAAUGAAAGAAUGAUCAAUAAACAAGACACAACACAGCGUAACAGUAAGAAACCGGAGAAAAGUAAACUAGUAAGAGGCAUAUUCAUUCCAAACCUCUGUAACCUCAAACCUCAGUGUCCACUUAAAGACACCAAAUAGCCAUCAUCUCUGAACACAGACAGAAAUGUUUAUAGGAGCAACGCUUGUGUAAAAUAUUCCCUUUGACAGCUGAGCCUUUUAGUUCCUGCUCGCUGUAAACCACGGACCCAAACACACAAACAUAACUAUUAAUAAUGAUAAUUCAGUAGACAAGAUAAAUAAAAGGGUCAUAAAAGGCAGCAGGCAGCACAGAGACCAAGGCAGCAGCGUGAAAAAGAGGCAGAGAAAAGGGUUUAUUUGAAUAGAAAUGAAGAAUAUAAAACAAAAUUGGUCUGUUUGACGAUGUGAAUGAUAUAUUAGGUAUUUUUUUUAGAGUGUGGCAUUUCUUUUGAGGAAAUGAAUUAGCUUUUGAAUUGGCUUUUUGAAAGAUUGAAUAUGCAUAUUUUUGUGCUUGUGUCAGCAAUAACGUCAUAUCUGGUCAGCCGGAAUCCAAAUUCUUGCCACACCAAAGUCCAGACAGCAGUACAGUAAGAGGUGGAGCAGGUCUCCAUUCUGGUGAAUAUUUGGCGUUGUACACCUGCAGAGAUGUUUUUGUCAAUCUGAGUCUCUUUUUGAAAGGUCACACGUUCAUUGUGUCUUGGCUACAUUGUCUCAUCGGCUAUUCUAGUGUGUCCUGCGUAUGAACUGAACUGGUAUGCGUUUGUUUCUGUAGAGCUGAAUCUCCUGCCGGCAUGCUGAAUUCAUCUCAGCCGUGAAAACAUGAUAAAGCUUCUGUUUGGAGAUAUGUUUUUCACGCUGUGUCCUGCUGUGUGUGCUUUUUUUUUUGUCUUGCCCUCUUUGUUUGUUUGUUUGUUUGUUUUAAACCGGGCUCAUAUUUUUCGUAGUUUUGGCCAUGGUUUCUUUUGUUCCUGAUUACGUUGCACUCACCUAAGUAACUGCUGAGAUCUGGGAACGAGUCACUAAUAAGAAGUCCAAAGGAGCAAGAAACAGGAGCAGUCAGACGAUCCGACAGAUUGUAAACAAACCCAAGGUUUGAUUUUCUCUUGUGGUGUCUGUGUGGAGCGUGCCACACACCCACUCCACAACAACGACGGCUUUUGCUUGCAUCUUCCAGUGUUUCUUCUGUCAGCAAGUUCAGCAGAGCUGCAACUCUUCCAGUGCCAGCCCUGACACCAGCGAGGAGCCCUGCCCCACUGACAUGGUGAAGAUGACCAAGUCUAAGACAUUCCAGGCUUACCUGCCAUCUUGCCACCGCACCUACAGCUGCAUCCACUGCCGGGCACAUCUGGCCAACCACGACGAGCUCAUCUCAAAGUCAUUUCAAGGCAGUCAAGGAAGAGCCUAUCUGUUUAAUUCAGUGGUGAAUGUCGGCUGCGGGCCAGCGGAGGAGCGGGUACUCCUCACAGGUUUACAUGCUGUGGCUGAUAUCUACUGUGAAAACUGUAAAACCACCCUGGGUUGGAAAUAUGAGCACGCGUUUGAGAGCAGUCAAAAGUACAAAGAGGGAAAGUUCAUCAUUGAGCUGGCUCACAUGAUCAAGGACAACGGAUGGGAGUGACGCUCCAGCCGUACUAUAUCUUUUUCUGACCUUGGAAUGCUCUUUAAUGAACUGCGUGGAGUGUCGACCAUCGACCGCCCUGCCCCUCCCCAACCGCCCGCCCCCCACCCCAUCACCCUUAAAAAAAAACCUCCACGACCUCCACCCCUCGCCUCCUUCACGUGCACACACCCACCGGCUCAUCGUGAAACUGAACAGAACAAAUGACAAAAAAGAAAAAUGACGACGAGGAAGUGGAGCAACUGUUGAAAAAUCACGUCACAGGAGUCCUGUCGUUACUUUAAAGAUUGUGUGUUCUCCCUCGCAGCUCCGGAGCUUUUGGGUUUGACCCUUAUCCACUCACCCUCACCCUCCCUCCCCCGCCCACACCGAACCACGCUUACAAGUGAUUGUGGUGAUAUGGCGACCACUAUGCGAAUGGAGAUAGACUUCACUGAAAGGACAUUUCUUUGUUUUCUUUAUUUCGCCCAUCCAGCGAGACGAAUGACUUUGAUGACUUUCGUUAUUUUAAUGUUAUUUGCUAUAGUUUUAACUCCUGGGUUUGGUAAGGUUUUGGUUUGAUGGCAGAUGGAUGUUACUGGUUAGCAUUUUAUUUCCCUGUCAAGUGUGUCAUGUUUUGUUUUGUUUGUCUUUUGGCUUGUUGUAUCUUUGCCCAUAGCUGAGAGCAUGUUUUUCUUUGCUGAUGUCCAAAUGAGCAAUCAGGGACGGGUGAGGAGCGGAGGGGAAAGGGAGUUUAUUGUAGUUCUAAAUAUGUAGCAGCAUCAUUUUUUUUUUUUUUUUAAGAAAGUGUAAAAGGAUGGGAUUGCAGUAGUGUGGUAUUGAUUUCCGUUUUUAUAUUUUUUUCUUUCUUGUUUUUUUCCCCUUAUUUCCCCCCCUUCUGGUACUUUUCAGCACCCAAAAAGCAUUGAAAGCAGCACCUAGUAUUUGUUUGACAUAUAUAUAUAUAUAUAUAUAUAUUAUUAUAUAUAUAUGAGCACACAUAUAAAUAUAUAAAUAUUUGUAGUGUUUGGCUAAAUGCGAUUGUGGCUGGUCCCAUUUUGCAGCAGUACCAUGAGUGAAAAAGACAUGAAAAGGAGCAGAAAUAGUUUCUAGACUGGGGAACCUGAAGUCAGUGUCCACAUGUCAUAAAACAUUAGGGCAGACUGUAUUAUUCCAUUGUCUAGUAAUGAAACAAUAAGAGACACAACUACAUAUGAAUAUAAAUACACAUACUAUGAUUACAUAUCCAUAAAUACUAUGAAAAUGUUCUUAGUACGUAGAUAUUGGAACAUGGAUUCUAUAUAUAUAUAUUUGCUGUCAUGCACAUAUGUAUAUAUGCAUAUGACUGUGUGUAUAUAUGCAUUGUGUGUGUGUGUGCUCACGCAUUACACAGUGGCAUACUUGAACAAUGCUACUUCGUUUGCACUUUGCAGAGGCCUUUGGUUCAUCUCAGUUUAGAGGCAAAAAGUUUGUUCGCUCUUGUCUGUUUUUUAAUGGCCUUCUCACAGAUGAACGACAGAUUGUUGGAAAGAAGGUUUGAGCUGGACGGUUUGAGGGUUUCGUCUUCUCCGUUAAGACUGUAGUGGGUUUAGCAGAUGUCUGUUAGAUACUUCUAGACAAUUUGGUUAGAUUUUAUUUAAUUUAUAUCGACAAAUCCUGCUUUUCCUCUCAGUUCUUGCUUUAUUUGGAACCCCCCUUUUGGAGAGAAAAGUGUAGUUUCAGAUUCUUUGCUGCUAUCCGAGAAAUCCCGCCAUUUCUUCCCGCUCUUGUAGGUCUUUUGCACUUUAUGCUUAUCCGUCUUUCUCUUAGAGUAUAUGAAUUGUCUCUUUGUGGACGGUGUCUGUGAUUUGCCUCUAAGCCGUAUGAAUCUUGUGCCUCUUCAAAACAUGAACGGCCUCCCCUCCUUUUUUCUGUUGUGCAGUGCAUAACUCCGAAAACCGUCAUGUGAACCAAUGUGUCUUCCCCUCUUCUGGUUCAAAGUGGCCCUCAAAAUAACGUUCUUUACCAAAAUCCUCAAAGAGCUCUUCCCUGUUUUUUUUUUUUUGAACAACAGAGACUUGGUAUACAUACACACAUAUAUUUUCUAUGUUAAAGAUUUAGAGGUGCAAAAAGAAUGGAUAUUCAGUAUAUUAUUUCUUUAUUUCAGUAAAGCAGAGAGGACGAUGUUUGGACAAUGCGGGAUGCCCAGGGCUUGUUGUUUGACUUUUUAUUGGAAGAAUAAAAACGAUAUCAGCAGGUCAAGGUGGGGCAGGGUGGGAUGGGAGAGAUUUAAUAAUCAGCAGUGAUUGAUUACUUUGCCGGCAAGGUCAGUCAGAUCACACGACCUUUUAUCCUAAAAACGAUGACAAUGCAAACCCUUAAUAGUUAGCAGUGAUACCUACUUGAAAAUAUAAAGACACAAACAGCUGAGAUAUUGGCCCGUGUUACAGUUUUUGUACAUAAAGUAACAUAUUUAAGGUUUUAUACGUAUUUCUACUGGGUUAGUUGUUUUACUUCCCCAACUUGAAGCACUUUUGUUCACUGUACCUCUGGCUGUGUGUGCGUGUGUGCGUGUGUACACAUGCAUGUGUAUUAGCCCACAUGCAUGCCUGCACACGAAAGUGAAUGUUUAGUUUCUUUUCCUCAGACAGUUUUAUUUCUCUUUUUUUCCUCUUUUUGGUUUGGAAGUGUUUUUAUUUGUCCUGUUUUUUUCUUUUGCAGCUCUUUGGUUUCACUGUCUCUCCCAAUGAUCUGUGAGGUUGAGAGCCAGGUUAGUUUGAUUGGAAGUGAUUUACCCCAAUUGUUUGUUUGUUUGUUUGUUUUGUUUUUUCUGUUAGCUUGUUUAUUUAGCUUAUGUGGUGAGAACCCUUUAGAGGGCUGGUGUUUAGGUCUCUGCUGAGCCAUGUAGACGUUGAGGGUGAGCUGGAAUCUCCCACCAUGUCGCAGGGAGAGCCUUUACCAAGACCCUUUCGCUACCACAGUCAGUGUCUCCUGUAUAGAGGGCUUUCAGGCGAUGUACCGCUAUGCCAACCCUAUGGCAGCCAUAUUGGAGGUCCUUAGCUGGGCUGUGAAAAUCUGAUUGUAUUUCUUAUUCAUUUUUGUGCUGGCUUUGACCUAAAAUUAACUGUUACUUCCCUGAUCUAUUUGAUUCAUUGUUUUAAUAAUAUUAGCUUGUUAGCAUUCACCUAACAGGUAAAACCAGGCUUGUUCUAAUUGAAAGACUCCUUCAAAUGCAGCCCUCUUUUGCUUGAAUUUGCCGCACUCGGGGGGCCCAGAAUCCACUGCACACUCUUUGUUUAAAGAGCAUCUCAGCAGCAGCUAAUAGUCUUGUUUUUGCUGACUCCUGGUGGUUCAACUUCUCACCUGGCUACAGUGAUGUAGAAGUGUACUCCAGGGUGUGUCAGUACACCAUGACAUCACAGCCAAGGUGCAACUGACUUGAAACCAGAGAUGGCAUUGAAACAAGAUUUAUCAGCCUGGCGUUAUGUUAAUGGUGCAUUCAAGUGGUCUUUGUCGAUUCGUAAAGUCGGAAAUGUGACCUCAUCGAUAUUUGUGUUCCUGUGGUCAUCAGUGCUGGUAAAUUACUGGUAAGCUACAUUUCAUGAACUCUGGUAUCACAAACUUGCCUGAGUUUACUACUUGGUAUUCACCACUUUGUCAGCCAUUUCCUGGAGAUAAACUUGAAAACUACUGAGACUGAAAGUUUGUCAUAUCAUAUGAUCUUCCCAGUAAUGGAACUGUAGAUGUUUAAAUUUCCUUUUUCUAUAAGCACUUACAACAGGAAUGGAAAUGUAAACAUCUAUAACUCUAUGACAAAUGGGUAACUGUCUACUGAGGAAGAUCGUGUGAUACAACUGAAAGCUCCAGAACAGCUACCAAAUGGACCUUGUGGUGUGAUUAUUUUGUUUAUUUCCAAUUGACUUUAGGAGUAGUCAAGGAGCACCUGAAUGCACCAUUGGUUUUAUGUCCAUGAGGCCACACUGUCUCGUUUGGAGAGCACACACAGGCUUUUAGUUCCUGCCAAGGACACACUUUCAAGGGCUGCUUCCUUUGAAGGUUGCACCUCCUGAAUUGGGCUUUUAUCUGGUCAGCCAGCCUUCACUAUCUGAUAUGAUGAACAUAUCUGGCUGAAAAUCUCAAAACCCAGCCGUCUGUUAAAUUUAACUAGGUGAACUUUUUUGAAACUCAAAGAGCAAAGAGAAAGGCACUGGUAGGUAAAUAAAAAAAAAACUCAUCAGAGCGUCCAUACCUGCUGAAAUUGUUACUGAAUGGGCCCACAGUAGUCCAACUUUCCUCUUAACUGUUACAUGCCCACAGCCAGUUUCUCCAAAGGACCUUCAAGAUGGCACCAGCUUGGAGAUUUGUGACCCAACUGCAGAGCCUCUAUAAUCUAUCUUUGAUCAGCCCAAGUUGAACCAACAAAAAGCAGUUGCCAGUGUCACCGCCGAUGUGUACCAAAUAAGAACCAGGUUCUAUCGAAUGCAUCAGUGUCAUGUGUCAGUGGGCAGGAAGGCGCCAGGAGGGAUCACGUUCGAGUGUCUCCUGGAGAUUCAACUGCUAUACCAAAAUUAAAUAGGAGAAAUCCUGUCACUUAUGACAUGGUCUUUCUGUAGAAUGUUUUGAUUCUCUGAACUUAACAGCGUCAAAGCAGCCUGGAUGGAAAAUGUAGAUAUUUGCUGCUGCAAUCUGUUUACUUUUAUUGUUAUUUUGUUUUAUUGUGACACUGGCUACCGCCUUUUCGAGCUCUGUUACUGUCUAAAACAUACCUGAAAGGAUGUUGAUCAAAGGCAAGAUGGGUAUACAGGGGGAAAAGACUGUACAAGUUCUUUUUCUUAGGACUGUUAAACUACAGUUUAAGGUCUAAAGCAUGUUGUAUUUAUAAUGGCUGUAUGUCGUGCCUGUUUUAUUAUUUUUUCCUAAAUUUAAAAACAAAAAUAUAUGCUUUUUAUUUGACUACAUUGCUUUGCAUUAGUAAAGCCAUGUCACAUGUCUGUUUUCACUCUAAUGUAAACUAUCAGAUAUCACAAUAAAUUUUCAAUGGCAUUAA